AUGUUUCAAAAGCAGACAUUUGGUAGCAACACAUCGGGGUUUGGUACGUCAACAACGCCGUCUUUCGGCAGCUUCAAGCCAACAACUGGCACAAAUGCGUUUGGUGCGCCGCCCGCUUUCGGUGCCUCGGCUGCCCCGCAACCUGCUACUGGAGGAGGUCUCUUCGGUUCAUCCAACACUACUGGGGGGCUAUUCGGAGGGUCCACGGCAUCGACAUCGACCCCAGCGUUCGGAUCUACAUCUGGGGGCUUUGGCUUCGGCGCCAGUACCUCAACUGGAGGCCUGUUUGGCAAUAACCAGUCUACUGGUCUCUUCGGCAACACCCAGAACACUUCAGCUUUUGGAGCUAAGCCUGCAGGUUUUGGCUUUGGUAACACAUCAACCCCUGGAACAUCCGGGACUGGCCUGUUUGGUUCAACGCCUUCAACCAGCACUGGGUUGUUUGGCCAACAGAACACAAGCAUAGGUGGUGGGGGGUUAUUCACUAAUACUGGAAGUGCCUUUGGACAACAGCAAGCACCAACUGGUACAGGACACAUCAAGUACAAUCCCGUCGUUGGCACAGACGUUGUGGUGAAGUCUGGUUCAUCGCAGAAUGUCAACAUAAAGCACCAUUGCAUCACUUGCAUGAAGGAGUAUGAAGGCAAGUCUCUAGAAGAGCUCAGGCUGGAGGACUACACUGCAGGACGCAAAGGUGCUGCUGCUGGGGGCAUGUUCUCUGGCUUCCAACAGCCCACUGAAAAUAAACCACUGUUUGGAGGCACCAGUUUCGCUCAACCCGCAACAACCAGUGCACCAUUAUUCGGAGGGGGCAGUCUUGGCUCUUCGGGCUUCGGACAGACGAACACGUUCUCAUUUGGCGGCAACACGCAAAACCAAACAACGUCUACGGGCCUCUUUGGUAACAAGCCCGCGUUUGGAGCCACAAAUACAACUGGCACCGGUAUAUUUGGGGCGGCGACCACACAGGCCCCGACCUUCGGCACCACCACGCCCAGCUUUGGUGGGUUUGGUACCAACACGCAGAAUCAACAAAGCACUGGUCUGUUCGGUGCGAAGCCGGCCACCACGGGCUUUGGGAGUACGCCAGCUAGCAGCAGUUUCGGAGGCUUCGGAACCGGGCUGUUCAACGCCAAGCCACAGCAAACUACUGCGCCUACCUUCGGGUCCACUGCACCGUCAGCUUUCGGCUCUCUGUCAAGCGGCUUCGGCACGAAUACCUCCAGCUCCGGCUUCUUCGGCAACCUCUCGAAACCCAACACCACCCCAAUGCUGGGGGGGCAGACCCAGAACACUGGCUUUGGCGCAGGUCUAGGCGCAGGGCUGGGCACUUCGUUCCAGACGAAGCCGGGCGCUCCGGCCUUCGGCAGCCUGGGCUCCGGCUCCAUCUUCCAGCAGCCGCAGAACAACAACACCUUCCGGACUGGCCUGGACAGUGGGCUGGGUAACAGUAUGUUCGGCACCACGCCGUCGCUGGGCACCGGAUUGUCUCUGGGAGGAUUCAACUCCAACAACCCAACGGCUCCCGCCGGAGCGAGUGCUUCAGGCGGCGGCAUGCAGGUGCACGAGCAGAUCCUGACGCUGGCAGCGCGACCCUACGGGGACUCCCCGCUCUUCAAGGACCUGCUGCCCGACACAUCCACUCCGGCAGAAGAAGCCCUGAAGCCGACUAACCCGGCCGCUCUGAAAGCUGCCCUGGACAACGCAUACAAAGUGGCCUCACCAUCAUCCGGCAGACUGCGUGUCAUACCAAAGCCUACCGUUCCUCAUGAUAAGAAGUCCCUAUUCGACGGUUUGGAAGAAUCUGACGCGAGUCUAGAAGACAAGCUGUCCCUGAAACCCAGCAGGAAGCGGCUGGUGCUUCGUCCCAACUCAAGACCCAACGAAACACAGGACUCCAUCGAGCACAGUGCUAGUAUCAACAGGUCGUUGGAAGAGCAGACGUCACAAAGCGAAGCAAAGAGCGAGCGCCCCGAAGCAGGAUCGUCGGAACCGAACGCUGGACUCUCCGCACACUCCACAAAGUCCACACACGACGUACGCGACGGGCCGCAUAUGAAUACUGAACAAAAGAAUGGCGACAGCAAUAGCUCUGAUGUGAACUCCGACAAACACAACUGGUUGAGCGGUAGCAAAGUGUCGUGGGCUGACAAGGAGAAGCCAAUGGACGGAGAAGCCACUCCUCGACUAUAUCCUAAUUUGGAUCAAGAACUAUGUCAGGCAACGGAGAGACGUGCUAGUUGGUUGACUACGAAGCCCCUCCGCAAGCCGCUGGCCAGUAACCCGGACGUCGCCGAGAGUUCCGUGCGCGAGCUGGCCGUACGUCCGGAACGGGCUUCCGUGGACAAAGAGAACGUCGACUCCGGUUCCGUGUCUGAGGAAGAGAACGUGAUGGAGAACGACGCGCCGCCUCACCCGGCCGGUAUCAAACUGCGGCGUCCCGGCUACUACACGAUACCGUCGCUCGAGGAACUCGUUGAGUACAUCCGGCCGGACGGUUCGUGCGUGGUGCCUCACUUCACGAUCGGCCGCAAGAACUACGGGAACGUGUUCUACGACUGCGAGAUGGACGUCGCCAACCUCGACCUGGAUGCAUUAGUGCACUUCCUGAACAAGGAGGUGAUAAUCUACCCGGAGGAUGCCGACAAGCCGCCAGUGGGCCAGGGUUUGAACCGGCGAGCUGUAGUCACGUUGGACCGCGUGUGGCCCCGGGACAAGACGCAGAGGAGGCUCAUAGUGGAGCCAGACCGGCUGCUGAAGAUGGACUACGAGGGAAAACUGCGGCGCGUGUGCGAGAAGCACGACACCAAGUUCAUCGAGUACCGGCCGCAGACAGGCAGCUGGGUGUUCCGGGUGGAACACUUCAGCAAAUACGGCUUAACGGAUUCCGACGAAGAGGACGACCCUACUCCAGAAGUGCUGAAGAGGCAGCUCGUCAACCAGUCUCUGCAGAAGUCUGCUGCACCAGCACCAAAGCAACCAGUCGCAGUGCAGCCAGCAGGAUUGGGGGGCUUGGGAGGUCUCGGUGGCAUGGGCAGUUUGGGGGGGUCUCGGGGGUCUAGCGGUCCCGCCUGGCACCAGUGCAGCAGCUGA